AUGGAGGUGAGGCUGGAGGUGACGGAGGUGAGGCGGGAGGGCACGGUGGAGGUGAGAGUGGAUUUGGUGGUGAUAGAAAAUAAUGGAGGUGGACAUGGAGGUGGUGGUUAUGGAAGGGGCGGGCGGCAUGGAGGUGGAGGUGGUGAUGAUGGAGGUGACAGUGGAAGCGGAGCUGAAGGAGGUGGAAGUGAAGUUGGUGGAGUUGGUGGAGAUGGAGAUGGAGAUGGGAUCUAUUCUUUGGCAGAGACACGGGGGGAUUUGGUGACUGGUGUCGAUAGAAAACAUGAAAGUCGACAUAGAUGUGGUAGACAUGGCGGGGACGGGAUGUAUGGAGGAGAUGGGGAUAUAGAGGGGACGGGGCGUAUGGAGGAGAUGGAGGUGACGGCGGAGCUGGAGGAGGUGGAAGUUGAGGCAGAGGCGGAGAUGGUGGUGGAAGUGGGGUUGUUGAAGGUGGAGAUGGAGGUGGGGUUGUUGAAUGAAUUAGUGGUAUUUUCUUUAUAA